AUGCUCGACGCCGCUCUGGACAACGAUGAUGAAGAUGGUAGAGCUCUUGCUGGUGUCCUUCGACUUCAACCCCCAGAUUCGGCUAAGUGGAAAGGCUCCUCUGAUCUACGCCCAGCGAAAGCCUUCUUAUAUAAGGUUGCAGCCGCUGCUCGCCUUACCGCUUUAUCUGAGAUCAACACGUGGAGGUUUCUCACGCAAGUAUGCCUACAAGAGCGCCAUACCAGAGAGCUACUAAGCUAUCUAGAGGCUAAUCAUGGUGCUGGACUAUCGAUUGCCGAUAAACUAAGGUUCACCGAACUAUGGUUUAACCAUCGCUGGAACAUUACCAACAGUGUGGAUCGAGUUUACCAGGAACUGGAGGCCAUCAAGGUCAACGACUUCACUGAUACAGAAACUCUACACAGCAGGCUUCUUAGCGCUCAGCAAGAUGCGUCCUAUCUAGGACAUACCAUUCCUCCGUCGACACUAAGGAGAUCAUUCCUAAAGGCCUUACCUGAUGCUCUAAAAGCACCUCUGCUACAGGUUAUACCGAGCCCGGACGCCCCCUUGAACGACUUG